CGCGCGGGCCCGCGGAUGGAGGCGGCGGCGGCGCGGGCCAUGAAGGUGUUUGUGACCCGGAGGCUGCCCGCGGCAGGCAGGGCCGCGUUGAUUCAGGCCGGAAUCUGCAGUGUUGAACAGUGGGAUUCCGACGAGCCUAUUCCUGAGGAAGAAUUGCUGAAAGGAGUCACGGGAGCGCAUGGCCUGCUCUGUCUUUUGUCUGAAAAGAUUGACAAAAAAGUCCUUGAUGCCGCAGGAUCAAAUCUUAAAGUAAUCAGCACCCUUUCCGCGGGAGUUGACCAUCUCGAACUGGAUGAAAUUAAAAAACGUGGGAUCCGGGUGGGUUACACCCCAGAUGUACUGACUGAUGCCACUGCUGAACUCACAGUAGCCCUACUUCUCACCACAUGUCGCAGACUGCCAGAAUCCAUUCAAGAAGUGAAGAAUGGUGGCUGGACCACGUGGAAGCCACUUUGGAUGUGUGGCUAUGGUCUUACCGGGAGCACCGUUGGAGUGAUAGGAUUGGGAAGGAUAGGACAGGCUGUCGCCCGUCGUUUAAAACCAUUUGGGGUCAAGAAAUUUCUAUAUACUGGACGCCAGGCAAAGCCUGAAAAUGCAGCUGAGUUCCAAGCAGAAUUUGUACCAGUUCAUCAGCUGGCUGCAGACUCGGAUUUUGUUGUCGUGACCUGCUCUUUAACGCCUGAAACGAAAGGGCUCUGCAAUAAGGAUUUCUUCCAGAAAAUGAAGAAAACUGCCAUUUUUGUCAACGUAAGCAGGGGAGUUGUGGUCAACCAGGAUGAUCUCUAUCAGGCCUUGGCUAAUGGUCAAAUUGCAGCUGCCGGGCUGGACGUCACAACUCCAGAACCGCUACCUAAAAACCAUCCUCUUCUCACCCUGAAGAACUGUGUGAUUUUGCCACAUAUUGGGAGUGCAACCUACACUACGCGAAACACCAUGGCUGUAUUGGCAGCCAACAACUUGUUGGCGGGCCUGAAAGGAGAGCCACUGCCCAGUGAAUUGAAGCUGUAGAAAUUAAAACGCCAAAAGAACCGCAGCCGUUAUGAUGUCCUGUCUUCUGUAAGGCUUCCUCGUCCCGUUAGAGAUUCCCACUCUUCGGCUCAGUUUACAGACCAGCGGUGACCACCCCCUGCCCUCCAAAAUAUAAGACAAAGCACACCAAAACGGGGCUGGUUACAGUGGAGACAAAUAAAGCGGCACCUUAUCGGCCUCGUCGGUUUCA